UUCGCGUCGCUUUGGUUUGUUGCGUUUUGCUUGCGUUGCCGAGUUCAAAAGUCUCUGUUUUUUUCCUCUCCCGGUAGACUAGUUCGGCUUCGGUCGCCGGUGGAGCUCCGCCACCGUCUUACGGAAGCGGUAUUGAUUGGAGGCGGCGGCAUCGGUCUGGUGGAGCGGCGAUGAUGAUGAGGCGGGUGGCGGCGUCGUUGGUGCCGCCGUGGCUGGAGACCCUGCUCUCCACGAAUUUCUUCUCCGCUUGCGCUCUACACACGGAGGCGCCCCGCAGCGAGUGCAACAUGUUCUGCCUUGACUGCGGCGGUGCCGCUUCCUCCUUCUGCUUCUAUUGCCGCUCGGAUAGCCAUUCUGGUCACCGCGUCAUUCAGAUACGGCGGUCGUCGUACCACGACGUGGUACGGGUCGCAGAGAUCCAGAAGAUAUUGGACAUCAGCGGCGUCCAGACCUACGUCAUCAACAGCGCGAGGGUGCUGUUUCUUAAUGAGCGGCCGCAGCCACGCGGCGGCGGGCGGGUCGCCGGCGCAUCCUCCUCCUCCUCUUCCCCUCACAUAUGCGAGAUCUGCGCCCGCUCCCUCCUCGACCUUUUCCGCUUCUGCUCCCUCGGUUGCAAGUUGGUGGGCAUAAAGAGGAACGGAGACGCAACCUUCUUGCUCACUCCCGGCGACGACGAGGCGGCCGAAGGCGGCGGCGGGGCCGGAGGCGGGGAGUCAUCAACAACGGCGGCGGCGGACGAGAGGAAGGCCGGGCGGAGAGGGAGGUGGGUGGGCGGAUCGCGAGAAGGAGCAGGGCACGACAUCCGCGGCCCUGAGCCCCCUCCGCCGCCGCCGGCCGCCUCGAGGAGGCGGAAGGGCAUCCCGCACCGUGCCCCUUUUGCCUCCUGAUUAACCCGCUUCCUCUUGUAAAGUACAGAAAGGUAACAUUUUUAUCAUUAAAACACAUAAAAAAACGAGUUUUUUUUUUGAAACUUAGAUUUCGAUGUUUCCAAGCCAAGAAUAAUGCUGCACACCAAGAACUACAGAAGAGAAGAGAAGAAGAUAAAGUAGAGUUUAAGCUGGGUUUUAAAUUUGAUUCCAUUAUUCUUCACAUUAAUGUAAUAAAGGCAUCAUUAAGAAUUCAUACAAUCUUAAUUGAUCAUAUGCCUGAAUUGAUGAGGCAUUGUUCUAAAUCCCUUUCCUCCUCCAAAUGAGAUACCAUAUUAAACACAAGAAACAAAAAGAGUAAAUCUUACUGCCUUAAUCUGUAAUGGUAGACGAGUGGUUUUGUCUUUGA